GGGAGCGACUCGGCCGCCUCCGUCCUUGCGCUGGCAUUCUGAGGGCAUCCGGCAAACUCCACUCCCCAGCUCUGGCUGUGGCCUCAGACUGCUGCUUGAUACACCUAUGGUGAUUGCUUCUCAGCUUUCCAGGCCCUGCCUCUUCCCAGGUGACCACGCCGCCCUCAGGACAUGCUCGGGCACAGCCGCAACGGGCAGGCCCACGUGCCCCGGCGGAAGCGCCGCAACCGCUUCGUCAAGAAGAACGGCCAAUGCAACGUCUACUUCGCCAACCUGAGCAACAAGUCGCAGCGCUACAUGGCGGACAUCUUCACCACCUGCGUGGACACGCGCUGGCGCUACAUGCUCAUGAUCUUCUCCGCGGCCUUCCUCGUCUCCUGGCUCUUUUUCGGCCUCCUCUUCUGGUGCAUCGCCUUCUUCCACGGUGACCUGGAGGCCAGCCCCGUGCUGCCUGCGACGGGGGGCGUGGCGGGCAACAGCGGGGCGGCCCCCACGGCCCCCAAGCCCUGCAUCAUGCACGUGAACGGCUUCCUGGGCGCCUUCCUGUUCUCGGUGGAGACCCAGACGACCAUCGGCUACGGGUUCCGGUGCGUGACCGAGGAGUGCCCACUGGCGGUCAUCGCCGUGGUGGUCCAGUCCAUCGUGGGCUGCGUCAUCGACUCCUUCAUGAUCGGCACCAUCAUGGCCAAGAUGGCGAGGCCCAAGAAGCGGGCGCAGACGCUGCUGUUCAGCCACCACGCGGUCAUCUCGGUGCGUGACGGCAAGCUGUGCCUGAUGUGGCGCGUGGGCAACCUGCGCAAGAGCCACAUCGUGGAGGCCCACGUGCGGGCCCAGCUCAUCAAGCCCUACAUGACCCAAGAGGGCGAGUACCUGCCGCUGGACCAGCGGGACCUGAAUGUGGGCUACGACAUCGGCCUGGACCGUAUCUUCCUGGUGUCGCCCAUCAUCAUCGUCCACGAGAUCGACGAGGACAGCCCGCUGUACGGCAUGGGCAAGGAGGAGCUGGAGUCCGAGGACUUUGAGAUCGUGGUCAUCCUCGAGGGCAUGGUGGAGGCCACGGCCAUGACCACCCAGGCCCGCAGCUCCUACCUGGCCAGUGAGAUCCUGUGGGGCCACCGCUUCGAGCCCGUGGUCUUUGAGGAGAAGAGCCACUACAAGGUAGACUACUCACGCUUCCACAAGACCUACGAGGUGGCCGGCACGCCCUGCUGCUCCGCCCGGGAGCUGCAGGAGAGCAAGAUCACCGUGCUGCCCGCCCCACCGCCCCCGCCCAGUGCCUUCUGCUACGAGAACGAGCUGGCCCUCAUGAGCCAGGAGGAAGAGGAGAUGGAGGAGGAGGCGGCGGCCGCCGUGGCUGCAGGCCUGGGGCUGGAGGCGGGCUCCAAGGAGGAGGCCGGCAUCAUCCGGAUGCUGGAGUUCGGCAGCCACCUGGACCUGGAGCGCAUGCAAGCCACCCUCCCGCUGGACAAUAUCUCCUACCGCAGGGAGUCUGCCAUCUGACCUCCGGCCCCGCCCUCGCGCUCCCUGCAAGAGCCUCUGCCUGAGGGUGGGACACCAGACGGCCUCCCCCACACUCAGGACAGAGCUGACCCUGGCUCCACGGACCUUCUGGAGGAAGAUGGGGGCUUCAGAGACGGUGGGACCCCAUCCUGCUGACUGCAGAGCCCGCCCUGGGAAGGGCCCUCCCACUGGGCCCCCUUGGCUGGAGCUCCCCAGCGCCUACCCACAGGUGGCUCUGGGCCCCGACCCUCCACCCUUUCCCCACUGACCCUUCAAGGACGUGCCCCCUCUGCUCUCAGAACCUUGGGAA